UUAUACUACUAUCCAAGUUUCCAAACAACUCUCAAAUGUACUUCAGUUUUAAUAAUAUAGAUGAGGCAAGCACAAGGGCCCACUUCUUCUUCUGACUUUUUUUUCUUUCUUGGAAACCCUUUUUUCCUCCUCCUCCGCCACUCUUUGCUCCCUCUCCUCAUUAUUGAACAUGCUCAUUGUCGCCCUUUACUUGUCUUUCCAAUUACCAAACACUACAACCACACUUUAUUAUACUUCUUGUAAGAUACUCCAUGUGAAACACGAACUCCAACCAUGUUUCAUCAACAAAAUGCUCUCAAUCCCAUAUAAAAUAAUUUAUAUUUCAACAAACGUAUCUCAAGCCGUACAAUGCCAACAACCUUCUUCUUCUUCUUGGAUGGACCACUUGUUCCCUUUGAUUACAGCACACUCACCUUCCCAAAGUGGACCAAAUAACUGAUAUCUCAGAAUCAACCAUACACAACACAGUAUGCCUUCCUCCCAUCCCCAUUUCAAACAUCAAUUUACAAACUCAUCUACUCACCAUGAAGAUUAGGCGAGUCUAGAGUCGCAUCAGGUGUCGUGCUCCAGAAAAGCAAUGCAUCCCCCAUCUUUGGUUCCACCAUGGCACUGCGCUAUAGUUUCCCUUGGCUGCAGGAAACACUGUUUUACCACCUUCCUCAACAUCUGAUCUGCCUGAUUUCAACUUGAAGACCUUCCCCCAUGCUCUUCAUAUUGUAGUAAGAAAAGGUCAACUAACUGGUAUGAAUGUAAAAUACUACAUUCUUUUCUCGAUUUCACGGAUGGUUUUGUCGCGUCCUCUUGGAAGAAAUGUCCCUGAGCUCGUUCGGGCCCUAUUGAGGAGAAGGACGGGGUAGGUCAGUAAAAGAGAAGAAGAAGGAAGCUUAUGAGAAUUAACUUGAUACAGUACGAGUACUAGACCUGCUAUCUGUGCUCUUUCCAGACUUCUGAUCGAUAACAGUUGACUUCUCCAUAUGCGGUUUAGCUAGGUAGGCUCUAUGCAUUCUUCCUUGGGCUAUCCUGAAACCGAGAAUAAUAAAUACAUGAAAAUUAAGCACCCCAAAGAACUAAUGGAAUCAUCACUAAUCACUCACCUACUUAGAGAAUUCACAACCAUAAUUUUAUUACUCCAUACGUUCAUAUUAAGUGUCGUUUUGAUAUUUUUCAUAGAAAUUAAAAGAAGUGUGUAAUAGACUGAUAUAUCCUUAUUCAAUGUAUGAUUAAUUAAAUAUUGAAAAUUAUUUAAAUAAAAGUUUAUUGGUUAUUCAAAAGGGUAAAAAAUAAAUUUAGUAUACAAAGUUAUAUUAGAAUUGUAGAACGACAUUUAUUUUGAAACAAAAAAAUAAACCUAAAUAUAUCAUUCAUUUUCAUUAAAUAAACCUUUUAAAUAUUUAAUUAAUUUCAUAUUUAUUUAGAUAAAGGUAUAUUUCAUUUUUCACCUAAUAUUUUUUUUUUAGAUAUUUGUUAAUAUCGUGUUUAAUUAAAAAUUAAAUGUGUAUUUCAUUUUAAAUAAAAAAGCUUUUUAAAUAUCUAAUUAAUUUUAUAAUUAUAAAUAAAAUAAUGUAGAAUUUUAUAUUAAAUUUUUAUUUAAUAUAAUACUUUUCAAUUAAAAUUUUGAUCCUUAAGCAAUAGUAUAUUUCAAUUCAGAAUUUUGCAUCACAUAAUAUAAAAUAUGUGAACUAUAAAAUUGUUGUUUUUUAAUAUCAAACAAUUAGUAAUAUUGUAAAUAUUACAAUUAGUCACGUAAAUCAAAUAAUUAUGUGUGUACAAAUAAAAAUAAUCAUCCGCACGGUUGUGCGGGUCAAGAUCUAGUUACAUUUUACGAUUGUAAAACAAAUCUUUAAAAACAUAUGUAUUAUGGAUACUAGACUCACCAAGAAAUUGUUGUAAGUAUAAUCAACUGAAACAUGUUGCUCUUAAUAUAAAAGUGUGCAUAUGAAACUAUAAGAAAAUAGAUAAAAUUCUUUUCGGUUUCUAUAAUAGCAGCACCUAGGAAAAAAAAGAUCAUAUGCAAAUAACAAAGAACCAUAAGACGUUUUACCAAAAAAAAAGAACCAUAAGACUGAAUCACCUGAGAAAGUAGUGCCCAUAAGAUAUCGCGGAACCACCUAUUAAUAAUAGUGGAACUUCUCUAGUAAUAUGAAAUUACCACCCUUGAUCUCAGCUUUUACUUAGUGCUCAGUUGGCAGUUACGUUUGUUUAAGAAGCUAUAUGUAUAUAGUAACUAGGCUGGAGAGGCUUGAUAGGGGAUACACCAAGCACCAAGUUAAUGUUGUUGAUGUUGGCAGAUGGUUCACACAUGAACAAAAUGAUGAAAUGGCAAAAACGUUGAAAAAAUGGCAAAUGACUGUGAAGCAGAAGAAAGGCAAAUGUAAAGCUACCAACAGAGACCCUUGGUGGUUUUAGCAGUGUCAGCACCUCUGGAGCCACUCUAUUACGCUUCAAAACCACUAGUCACUCGGCAGCUUCGUACAUGAGUAAUUAUGAAGAUCAAAACAUGUCUAGUCUUUAAAGCUGAGCCAUUAUCUACAGCACGUAUAGAGGUCGCAGGGGUUGGAGAUCUGUCCACAAAGAUAGAACAUGCUGGAGAUAUUAGCCCUGGAAACGAACUCUCAUUCUUUCAGUUUGUGUAAACUUGGAAAAAAACAUUCUUGAAAGUAAGUUCAUCUCUCAAGGUGGUGAUACUUUGAUUAUAUGAUCGUUCUUUAUGUUAGAUUUUUAGCUCCUGUUUUAGAUACUGAAAAAGGAUCUUGUAAACUGGAACUGGAAAGCAAACUCUAAUGAUAUGCGAUGAUAUUGUAAUUACAAUAUCAAGCAUUACUACAAAUCGGACGUAAGCAUGUUCAAUAUUUUUGCAGUAUGUUGUGUUGAAGGCCAUUGGUUAUACAUCAUCAUUUCACCCUUCAGCAACAAGAAAUUUGUUGUAUUUUAUUAAGUGUGGUGUGUGAUUCAUGCAUAACUUAUUAUAGUUAUUACAACCAUUGUCUACGUUACCAUUAAAUAAUUAAAGAUCCUACAUCGUUUAACGACUAAAUCAAAAUAUGAAUCGAUUAGAAAAUCACAAAGUAGAAGAAAGACGACCAGGAUCAAAAUCAAAAUCUAAUAUUAGUAUAAUAAAUAAUAAUAAAAUACAAUGAUUUUGGUCUGAUUCAAACUUAAGCCAAAGUAGAAUUAGUCUUUUCUUUUUGUCAUCUGAAUUUUUAUUAAUCAAACCACAUUACAAACCCAAACAUGGAUGGAUACAAGUCUGAAACAACCGAUCUAAAGACCAAACGAAAAGAUAAACUGUCGGCGAUUUAGAUGAAACAUAAAACCCGAAGCGACCAAAGUAUGGAACGUUUUUCUUUUAAUACGUAAAAGAAGUUCUUUCGGUUUCCUCCUCUCUAACUUUCCCUUUUCUUCUUUAUUUUCUCAUCAACAUUUGUAACCUCACUUUAUAAAGUUGAUAACUUUCUCGAGAAAAUAAUACCUUUUUCUACUUUCUUACUAUCCCCAUCUUUUUACCUCAUAUAGACUUUACUUAUCUCACCUAACUUUUAAAAGUCCCUCUCUCUCUCUCUCUCUCGUUUUCUAAUAAAUAAAAAAACCUUAAAACUCUUAAUUAUUGUAACUAGAAAACUCUUGUAACUAUCUGAUUCUCGAAUCACUGGAGAAUAUACGAUGGGUUGUACGACCUCCAAGCUCGACGACCUUCCGGCGGUUGCGCUUUGUCUCGACCGUUGCGGUUUCCUCCAAACCGCGAUUCAGCAGCGUUACGCUCUCGCCGACUCCCACCUCGCCUACACACAGUCCCUCCAAGUAGUCGCCCACUCUCUUCACACCUUCAUCGAUCACCACCACCGCUUCGCCGCAGAAGACUCUCACCACCCGCCGGAAGAAGACGAUUCACCCAAGAGAGCGGACUCCGGGUCGGGUCAUAUCGAAUUCGAUUCGGACUCCGACGAGAUUGACUCCUUGCAUCACUCAUCUCCUCUCCACGAGGAUCCGAGUUUUACCCGUUACUCGAAUCCGGAUCCUCCGUAUCUGCAUAUGAACUACAUGAAGAACAGCUCGAUGCCUCCUUCCGUCGUCUACGAGCAGAGACCUUCGAGCCCUCAGAGAGUUUACUUGGGCGAAUCGUCAGCCUCUAACUAUGAUAAUCCAUACCCGAGCUACGGACCUUCGAAACCGCCUCCUCCGCCGCCACCGAGGACGGAGGGUUGGGACUUCUUGAACCUUUUCGAUUACGCUCCGUUCACUCUUACUCAGGAUGACUCGAGAGAGGUGAGGGAGGAAGAGGGUAUUCCCGAUUUGGAAGACGAUUUCCACCGCGAGGUUGUGAAGGAAGUUCAUGGGAAGCAGAAACUCGUCGCCGGAAAAGCUCCGGUUCCGGCCGUGGACGACAAGGAAGAGCCGCCGGGUGGUGGUGGUCAGGCUUCUCUGUUUCAGACUAGGCCGAGCGUGGCGGUCGAGGUUCACGUCGUGGAGAAGAAAGUUGUUGAGAGUGGUGUAGAGGAAGUGAGGAGGAGUAAUCCAGCGCCACGUGGCGGUGGUGUCAGGAGAGGGGUGCCUGAGGUUGCGAAAGAGAUAGAAGCUCAGUUCUUGAGAGCUGCUGAGUCAGCAAGUGAGAUUGCAGUGCUGCUUGAAGUGGGGAAACAACAUCCUAAUGCUCGCAAACAUGGUUAUAUAGGAGCGGCUUCGUCAAAGAUGAUACAAGAAGUAACUCCAUCGCCUUCUGUGGUCUCGUCGUCUCAGCCAUCAACCUCUAAGAAAGCUAAAGCCUCUUCUUCCGCGGCAGCAGCUGCACCUACUUACGCAGAUAUUGAGGCAGAGCUUGCAUUAAGGUCUCGUAAUCUUUCUUCCACAUUGCACAAGCUACACCUAUGGGAGAAGAAGCUUUACAACGAAGUCAAGGCUGAGGAAAAACUUCGUUUAUUACACGAGAGGAAGUUAAGGAAGCUGAAGCGUAUGGAUGAAAGAGGUACCGAUGCUCCCAAGGUAGAUUCAACAAGAAGAUUCGUGAGAAGUUUGUCCACCAAGAUAAGGAUCGCCAUUCAAGUCGUUGACAAAAUAUCCGUUACAAUCAACAAGAUAAGAGACGAAGAGCUAUGGCUGCAACUGAGUCAAUUGAUCCAAGGGCUGAGCAGAAUGUGGAAAUUCAUGCUUGACUGCCAUCAAAGCCAGUGUAAAUCUAUUAAGGAAGCCAGAGGUUUAGGCUCCAUUAGAGCGAGCAAAAAGCUCCCUGAUGAUCAUCUCGAGGCUACAAGGGUGCUUGGGCAUGAUCUUAUAAACUGGAUUCUGAGAUUCUCAGGCUGGGUUAGCGUGCAAAAGGGUUUUGUAAGAGGACUCAAUAGUUGGCUUAUGAAGUGUUUAAUCUACGAACCUGAGGAAACUCCUGAUGGAAUCGUUCCUUUUUCUCCUGGUCGUCUCGGGGCUCCGAUGAUUUUCGUGAUCUGUAACCAGUGGGAGCAAGCUUUAGAUAGAAUAUCUGAGAAGGAAGUUGUGGAGGCCAUGCGCAGAUUCACAACCAGUGUGCUUCAUCUUUGGGAGCAAGAUAGGUUAGAAACGAUGGAGAGGAUGAUAGGGCAUGGUGGUGAGGAACAGAGAAUACAGAAAGAGAUUCAAGAAAUGGAAAGCAAAAUGGUUCUGGUUGGUUCAAGCGAAGACACUAGUAACGAAAGUUUACAGGGUAGUCUUCGGCGUAUUUUUGAAGCUAUGGAGAGGUUCUCAGCGGAAUCUGUGAGGGUUUAUGAUGAUCUCUUGGAGCGUGCUGCUGAGAAAGAAAGCAGCUCUCAAGAAUCAGAGGAAGACUAAUUAAAAGAUGAUUAUACACUUGUGGAGAUGAUCAUUCUCAUGCCUGCCCAUGGUUGCAAUGAUCGUCUUGACUUGGCUCCGUGGAGGUCUGUAGACCGGAGCGCCAGACUUGAAUCACCUAUGGUUGUAAUUUAACUCACCGGGAAGUUAACAUAUCGUCUUUCCCAGACUCAGGCCAGAACCGGUUGCUAAGACAUGGGAUAAGAGAUGGGUCGAUGCUCGAGUGCUUGUGCUAGUCAAGAACUGGAUGGUUGGCUAUAUGCCAUGCUUGAUAACUUGCCACAGAUGAUUCUAGUUACAGUUGUGAAGGAGGGAUGUAUAGGCUUCUUCUUCUGUGUUUAUAUUUCCUAACGGUUUCUUGAUAUGAUUAGUUUGCACAUAUAGUAACAUAAAAUGCUUUGAAAAUGUUAUGAGGGUUCUUUAAAAUCUGUACAAAAGUUCGCAAAAUACUAACAUUGAUUCAUGAAACCCCCUUGUCAACUCAAGCAAGAUCUUAUUGUAGGCUGAGGAGCAUUUUGACCAGCUUCUUCUCUUUGUAUUUUUUAACAAGCACAUACGCUUCA